UGGCGAAGUAAGUGCGUGCUCUUUUUGUUGUUCGGUUUAGAUUUUCUUGUCAAUGUUAUAGACCGCACAAAAUUAUAUAAAACCGCAUUAAAGCAAUUUAAAAAAGAAUUGCAAUUUGAAAUAUCGUCAAUGUGGAAUCAGUGGCCAGUCGCUGCGGUGCCAGCAGCACCAAUGGCCGCACCGCCGCCUCAACCUGCCAUACCGCCUCCACUGCCAGAUGCGCCUCCGCCGCCGCCACCGGCAGAUAUUGCAACAACCGCAGCUAAUGCCCCUGGCGUAGUCACUGCCGGACAAUACAUGGGCGCGGGCGCAGUUCAAUCCGCUACCAAUCCAUAUGAACAGUAUACGUCCGCACAGUAUGCGGCAAUGACGCCGGAGCAGCAGUACGCUCUUCAGCAGCACUGGCAGCAGUGGCAGACCUACCAGCAAGAAUACGCCAAGUGGCAUGCACAGUAUGGGGAGCAGUACAAGCGGGAAAUGGCAGCGGCGGCAGCUGUCAGCACUGUGCCUACGCCUGCACCGGUCGCAGCGCCUAUAGGACCCGUUGUGGGACCUGUCGCUGCACCUGUGCCGACGGCUGUGCCUGGAAUUGGGCCAGUUUAUCCGCAAACAGCGAUGGCUCCACAGAUGCCAGUGCAGCAGCCACUUCAGACUUACUUUCCGCAGCCGCAAAUGCAGCCAGCGGCGCCCCAAAUGCAGCCACCGGCACAGUCGCAAGCUCAGAUGCCUGCUAAGAUAAUGGCUCAGCCGCAGAUGUACAAUCAGCCGCCACCGCCACCACCGCAAGUCUAUCAGCAGCCACCGAUGCACCACCAGCAACAUCCGCCGCCAAAUCAAUGGCAACAGCCACCGCCGCCGGCGGCCAGAUUCAAUCACAUGCCAUCCGGUGUCUAUAAUCAGCCGCCCAAUCCUGGGGAACCCAGCAUGUUUCCCAAUUUACAGCAGCCACCACCCACGUUCAUGCAACAUCCUCCGCCUUCAUCGUCGUCGGCUAAUCAGGUGGAUGCUAAUUGGUCAAAGGGGCCACAAAGCAAGGGCAGUGGGAACAUGAAUGAAACGGAGCAGCGUCAACGCUGGGACGGGCCCCUACCGGAUGUGGGACAACAGCAGGGCACAGGCCGGAACAAUCGUUGGCAAGGCAAUGAGCCCAGUAACAAUAACAUUAACAGUAGUCAAGGCGCCAAUAAGUCGGGACAAUUCGGAGGCCGACGCAAUUGGCAAAAUCCUCCUGGCAACAGUAACAAUAACAACGUCAAUCGGAACAAUCCAUUCAGCAGUGCGCCUCAGGGACAUUAUGGCUCCGACGAUGGUGGCGGUAGCUUUGACAAUGAUUCGCCAGGAUCAGGACCAUCUAACUCGGGCAACUUUGGUGGCUCGAGUAGCAAUUAUGGUGGAAACUAUGGCAAUAGUGGCCCCAGUCACGGUUCAGGUGAUCAUUUUGGUCCAUCUAACUUUGGCAACAACCACAAUCGGCGCAGUGGUCGAUGGGAGCCCAAUCGGUCGCAUCAAAGUGGAGGCAACUUUGGCCAUCCACUCAACAGCAACAAUAGCUUCAAUGAUGAUGGCUUCAAUCGCUCCAACCAGCAGAACUUCAAUCAGCAACAAUCGCACCAGCAGCAACAGCAGUCGCGUGCACCGGACUUGGACGAGGCCAGCUUCGAUCGGCUGUUUAAUCAAUGGGAGAAGCAAUUCGAGGAUUGGAAGCGUGCCAAUGCGAAUCAUCCAGAUCGCGAUGAAUACCGACGCUAUGAGGAGGAGUUUGAGAAGCAAAGACGCCGCAUUGCCGACCGUCGUGAGCAAAUGCGCCGCCGGCGUCAGGUGCAGAAUCCCAACCAACAAGCACCACAGACAGCUCAAAGGCCACCAUUUCAUCAGGAACAACAGCAAGCGAGAGCCAGAGGCAACUCGGAGGAGGCCGAGGGCUGUUUCGAUGAGGAGCAUUUCGAGCGCACGCGCCAGAACAUGAAACAGCAGAAUGACAUGGAGCAGCAGCAAGAAACUGCUAAUGGGACAAAUCAAGAUGAGCCCCACUACUAUUCGCCAGAGGCAGAAGUGGAUGAGAAACCGAUUCAGCAGGACUUACACGCUAGCAAAGAGCUAGAAAGCUCGGGGAAGAGUCUGCCAUCGAAGGCGAUGGCCAGCCAAAAUAAGUUUUCAACACAACAGCCACAUGAUGUGGAUACAACAACAACAACAACAACAACGACAACAACAACAACAAAUCAACCAAAUAAAGCUAAUCUACUGGGCAAGCGUAAAAAUAAUGCCGGCGGCAGCAGCACCAACUCGACCCCAGCCAAGCAGACCAAACAAUGCAAACAGGAGAAAAUAUUAAUAAUUUCAUUGGACGAUGAUGACGACGAGUUGGCUGGGGCACACAAGUCGGCGGAUAAGGAGCCAGACCCAGCCAGCGAUACGCCCAUGAAGAACAUAUUUAAGAAAAGCGAUGGCAUACCGGGACUUGAUUUUAUUGCCGAUGGAACUGCUGCGGCGCCUGCUGAAUCGUCGCAGCCGAAGGACACGGAUGCCAAUAAGAAGAUACCAUCGCUGUUCGAUGUGGUCAUCGAUAAGCCGGGCAUAUCGCCGCCAGAGCGCACUGGCAACGACUCAGAGAAGGAGCCGCCAGCGCCCGUCGGCGAAGCUCUGCCAGAUAAUGUUAGCAAUGUGCUCAAAGAUCCCGAGUUUAUGAACAACUUGUCGCAGGCUCUGGCCCAGGCGCAGGGUCGUGAUCGGGAACCACAGCAGCAGGAGCAGGAGCACGAGCAGCAGCCGAGCUCAAAUGAGCACUCCGAAAAUGCCGGCAACAACAAAGGCAACAACAACAACAAUAACAAUAAUGAGGACAACGAUGGACGCGCCCUGAGCUUUGCCGAGUGGCAGCGCAAGAAGAACAACCAGAAAGCUGGCUCGCAGGAGGAGCAGUCGAACAGUAUGCCGGAUAAUGGCGCUCGUGAUAGUUUUGGAAAAGGUCCGGGCUCCGGCCCGAGUCCAAUGGGCAAUGAGCCUGGCGAUCGGUGUGGAUUCGGUCCUGAUCAACGACCACCCCAGGGACUUGGACCCAAUAAUGGCUCGCCGUUUGGACCUGCCGGAGCGCAGGUAAUGGGACCGAACUUCACAGACUUUAGUGGCCCGGGCGGUGGCAAUUGUGGACCCAAUGGUCCGCCAAAUGGACCCAAUUUCGGGGGGCCCAAUUUUGGCCGUCAUGGACAUGGACCUGGACCGGGACCAGGGCCAUUCGGUGGCUAUCCUGGACCCAAUGGGCCAUUUGGACGUAAUUUUGGUCCCGGAGGACCAAAUAAUCCCAAUUUCAAUGGACCCGGACCUCACUUCAAUGAGCGUGGACCAAAUUUCGGUCCGAAUUUCCGUGGCAAUGGACCCGGUAACGGUCCCGGCCCGGGUCCAUUUCGACCAAAUUUCUGCGGCCCGAACGGACCGGGACCCGGUCCAAACUUUGGUGCUCCCGGACCGUUCGGUGGCCAUGGCGGACCGAACUCACCUGCAAACUUUGGUCCGGGGCCCAAUAAUCCAAAUGAUCGUCACUUCGGACCAGGACCCAAUCACCCAAAUGACUGCAAUUUCCGACCCAACAAUCCAAAUUUCAACGGGCCCAACAACGGCAACAACAACAACAAUAACAACAAUAAUAACAACAACAACAACAAGAAAAACAAUUUCAACGAUAAUCCAUUCAGACGCAACAGCGGAGCGCCAGCCCCCAACUUCGACGAUGGACCCGGCUUCGGUCCACGUGGCAAAUCACAGCUCAAUCACCAAAAGAACUUCGGACAGCAGCGAAACAACUUCGGCAACGGAGGAAACAACAACAACAACAACAACAACAACGACAACAAGCCUUGGCCUGAUGGCGCGGAGCAGACCGACAAAAUGCGACCCAGCAACGAGCCCGUCUAUCGGCCCAUGAAAGUGUUUGACUAUCAGAACAGCCGCAACACCGCCGCCAAGGUUAUCGACUAUGGCCACAAGUCGGCCGAUGGUGUUGCCACUCGGAUGGGCGCUGUUGGCCCAGGAGCGAGCACAGCUCUGCCGGACUUUAGACCUGGACUUACCAUUGACUAUGGACAUGCUUCAGCAACUGGAACGCCAAGUGUUAGGCCCAUGCAUCGAAACACCAGCCUUAAUUCUAACAACAACAACAACAACAGCAGCAGCAGCAGCAGCAGCAGCAGCAAGAAGAAAAACAAAAAGAAGAAUAAGAAUCGUCAGCGCGUCAUGCAGCAACAAGUUUCGGAUGCAGUCAUGAUGCCCGACACUGAGUUGAAUGGCCAACAGCUAGCAGUUGGCAAGCUAGAUGAUCUUGAGGACAUAUCCGACGGCGAGGAUAAUCUAACGGACGCAAUGCACGCCGAAUCACCACCGCCGCCACCGCCACCGAUGCUUAAGCAGCCGUUAAACAAAGAGCAGGUGUCACAGAAAGCUUAUCCAGCUAAUCCGCAGCUUCGUUUGCUGAACGAACCACCCGCCGCUCUGUUCCCAUCAACGGCAGCGGCCAAUCGUCAGAUACCGGAGCCAGUAGAUGUCAGUUGCUUGGAAAUAAAUAUUCCAACUAAUGAGAAUCGCAAUACUAUAUCCAUUGAUGAGGUGCUGUUGCCACCGGGUCGUUUAACGCGUCCGAAACGCAUUUGCAUUAUAUUACGCGGACCGCCGGGCUGUGGCAAGUCGUAUGUGGCACGUUUGAUCAAGGAAAAGGAACUGGAAAUGGGCGGCGCCAGUCCACGCAUACUCAGCAUCGAUGAUUAUUUUAUAAUUGAGAAUGACUACGAAGAGAAGUGCCCGAAGUCUGGGAAAAAGAUACCGAAAAAGGAGAUACUCUAUGAGUAUGACGACACCAUGGAGGAGACAUAUAUGCAAUAUUUGAUAAAGUCCUAUAAGAAGACGCUUAGUGACAAUCUCUAUGACUUCAUUAUUGUUGACUGCAACAAUAACUCGCUCCGUUCACUUAACGAGUUCUAUUGCAACGCUAAAGACUCGAAUUUUGUGCCCUAUAUUGUGGACAUGCACUGCGAUUUGGAGACGUGCCUGGGACGCAACAGUCAUCAGCGUAGCGAGCACGAUAUACGUGCUGUGCUGGACAAUUGGUGUACCACGCCGUUGCACUACAUCAAGCUGGAUGUAUCGUCGCUGCUGGAGAACGUUGUUGAAAUGGAAGAUGUAGAGAACAUGGCAACGGAUGAUAAUGCCAAUAGCGCCGAGCCUGCGACCGAGGAGGGUGUCAUCACCGUUGCCAAUGCCGCUGGCGAUGCCGCCGCUGGGGCCGUUGGGGCCGCUGCCGCUGCCGACGAUGAGGACAGCAACAGUGCUGAUGCGGCCAACGAUUGCGGCUUUCUGAAAAGCAAGUGGGAAAAUGAUACCACGGAGGACAAUCUGGCCCGUCUAGAUGGCACGAAGCGCCUAAUGCAAAAGCGCAAAGCCGCUAGCAUGGCUGACUAUUUGCAACUGGAUGAGUGGGAACCGCCCACAGGCAAUUCCAAUGGCAAGAAACGCGUACGCUGGGCAGACAUUGAGGAGAAACGUGCACAGAAAAAGAUGCGUGCGAUUGGCUUUGUGGUGGGGCAAACUGAUUGGAAACGCAUGAUGGAUCCCAAUGCGGGAAAUCGUGCGCUCAACAAAACCAAGUACAUCGAGCGCGUGAACAAGCGGCGUUAAUCUAAUCAGGUUCCAUUCGAUCCAGUGAGGAUCCAGGCAGGUCGCACCAAUUGAGACAUGAUGUAUACAAAUGUAAUCGGAUAUGCCUAUAAACCCAUGCGACCUCAUCUACUUUGAUUUUUAUUUAUAUUGUUUUUUAGUUUAUUUUUUUUUUCACUUAGUUUAUAGUCAAUAGUUGAUUGUAUGCUAGUUAGCUGGCCAACUUUUGUUCACAAAAUGAUUGCAUGCAUCUAACUGUUGGGCACUCGCGUGUCCAAGCUGACAGUGUAAAGCAAACAGACCAACAAUCCGCGAUUUGUGCUCAAUUUCCGAAACAUCAUGCACGACAUGUAUGUAUUGUAUUAUCAUUACAUAAAUUGUAUACUAUAGUUAGUUAUUAAUUAUGUCAACGCUUAGGUUUGAAUGCAUUUAGAAUCGAAACAGAAA